UACUGAGGCAAAAAGCAUUAAACACACAGAUCAAAAUUCAAUUGUAUGAAAUUCAAAAUUUGUCACGUCUCACAGUUUCCGGAUAACAAAUUAAUCAAAAAUCAUCUCUCGACAACAAAACAAAAAAAAAAACAAGAAAAACAGAAAACGCAAAAAAAAGGCAGCCCAUUUUAGAUUUGGUUCUUAUGCCGGUUCCUAUGAUCUUUGAGGUAUUCCUACAGUUCUACUUGAUGCGUCAAUGCGAGGUGCAUAUCUAUUUUUUGCGUCUGAGUGUGACUGUUAUCAAUCAAGUUGGGGCAUCGAUUGAGGAGGCAACUGCAACGGCUGUUUAACAUCAAGGACAAGAACAAGGACUUUUCAGUGAAUUCAUUUUAGCAUCGAAGGGUGGGCGUUAGUCAUCAUGUCGGAGCCUGGACACACUAAUGGAUUUCUUGAGUAUUAUGAAUAUAUUAUGCCCGGAACUUAUCAAUAUCCUGUGGCAUUAAACACGCAAACAUUCAAUGCCUAUUUGGGGGAUGACGAUUUUAUGAUGUCCUCGUAUGUGCCAGUUGCCAAUACAGUUGCAUAUAUGCCGAGUCCAAGUCCAUAUGGAAUAAUUUCCUAUUUCAACGAACUGCCUUGUCCUCAGCGAGCAGUUUAUGUGGUACAGGAAGAGGAUGUUCAUGUAAGGGAAGAGCCAAUAGGGAUGCAUUUGCAAUAUAAUCAAUUGGUCCAGGCGACUGCCCAAAAACCGACUCUCACUAUGGAUGAUGAUGAGGAUGACCAAGUAGAAGACGAUGGCGAUAUGGACAAUUAUCAGGAGCAGCAGGAGCAGCCCCUUCAUCCUAAUCUAAGCCAAUGCAUUAGCCCUGAAAUUACAACAGAAACAAUGGACAAGAAUGAAAGGAAGCCAAAGACUCAAGGCAAACGCAAACGCAUCUAUCAGGCUGAACAGGGUUAUCUGGUCGAGGAACCAUCAAGCGAACCAUCCGACGAAGUUAUAGAAUAAGCCCAAUUUCAAUGUCCUGAACACUGUUGCGUUUAUUUUUGAUCAAAUUUCAUUCCAGUUGACAUUUUCAUUACCCCGUUGCAUUUCGAAUACGAGCAAUUUUUGAUUUGUGCAGAGAGAUGACCACAAGAAACGAUGACCAAGAGACAUGCUAACCCAUAGACCUAAUGAUCCGAAACAAUAACAAUAAGAAUUUCACAGGGUGCUAACUAUUAUUUGCCCGUACAUAACUACUCAUGUAUGUACUUUUGUAACGAAUUGUACAAAUUGUUCGUUUUUCAAUUUUGUUGCAACU